CUGGCUGCUGUGGCUCCGGCAGGGCCUGCGCCCUCGCCCUCAGCUUCGGCAAAGCAUCUGGCUGCCCCUCGCGUCAACGCCUCGCUCAUGCCCAUCUUUGGCUUCCGCCCCAUGGAAGAGCCUCUCCUCACCACCACGUGCCGCUCCUGCCGCAUGCUCGUCCUCGCCCAGCGUGCAAAGUCGCACUACAUCGAGUGCGUCAAGCUAGUCGCCCUCCGCAGGGCAAAGGUCGCUCGCGCCGUCGAGAUCUCUCGUGAGCACCAGGCUGCCACCGCCCGCCUCUCCUCGCUCACCUCGGGCAAGACAAAACGGUCGCAGGCUCGUAGCCGCGCCGACGCCUCGUCGACAGCUGCGUCGGCUGCUGCUGCUGCUGCCGCCGCUGCUGCUGCUGCAGAGGCCGCCGCCACGGCUGCCGCCAGCGAGGCCUCGCUCAAGCGCAAGGCCUCCAUGCCGGCCGACGCCGAGCUGCUGACCAAGCGCCGCAAGCGCGGCUCCCGUCGCGCGUUCGACCCGGACACCAUGUGUGGCGUUUACAAUGAUAAGAAAGGCGCCGCAUGCUCGCGCGCCCUCGGCUGCAAGCUGCACUCGAUCACGCUCAAGCGCAAAGUUGUCGGCCGCUCGGCGCCAUUCGAGGACCUGCUCAACGAGUACAUGCGCUCGCGCGAGGAGCGGAAGCGCACUGGCGGCCCUCGUCCGCUCGUCUCGCGGCCCGGCCGGACCAGCGCCGCCGUCUCGGCCUCGCCGUCGCCCACCCCAAUGGUCCUUGGAUCCGAGGUGCUUGCCACCCGGCUCCAAGCAGACCUCGCGCCGCUCACCGUCACUAUGGGAGCAUACUCCCCGCUGGCCUCGGCCCGGUCGACCGGCGCCUGGGCCACCCUCUCGCCACGCACGUUUAGCAGCGACUUUCCGUCGUCUUCGCCGCUAACUCUCUCCGAGCCGUAUGCCCUCGCGCCUCUGGUUGCCGAGCGGCCGUUUGUCUACGCCCGCCGUGCCGACUUUCUCCGCGAGUUUAUGGGCUCGCAGCUGACGCCGUUGGCAGCGUCCGAUAGCGUCACUGCUGUCGCCUACAAGGGCCUCAUGCUUCAAGGCCUUGCUCCCGCCGUCGUCGUCGCGCCAGCCGCCCCACCCGACCCCGGACCGCCAUCCGUCGACGACAUGAUCAACGGCGUGGUCGGCGCAGGCUCGGGCCCGGUCAUCUCGCUCCCCUCCCGCUCGAUCCAUGGCCUCCGCUCCGUGAGCUACCCAGGCUAUCCGGCCGCAUCGCGCCGCGUCUUUUACGACCCGCGUGCUACCCUCAACGCUGUCAAGUCGAGCGAUCGCUCCUCGCCCGAGUAUCAGGAGCUCGUCCGUGCAUGCGCCCGUGCCGAGCCGUCCAUCCAGAUCCACCAAGCACAGCUGGUCCAGCAAGCUCGCGACGUCGCCCUCAAGAACAAGGCCCGCACAGCGCGCCAAUCUCACCUCCCGUCCUCGCGCCCGUCCUCGCGCCCGUCUUCGCGUCCCAUCACGCCCGUGCACGGCGUCGAUGACGCGCAGGCCCGCGCCCACGCCAAUGCCCAAGCCCACGCCAACGCCCAGCUUCUCCAUGCCCGCCAAGUACAGCAGGCCCAGCAGAUGCAGGCUCGCCCCAACCCGCAUGCUCGUGCCCACGCUGCCAACCAGCACCCACAGGCUGCCCACCAUCCCCAUCACGCUCGCCAGGGCGGUCAGCUCCACCAGAUGCAGCAGGCCCAGCAAGCUAUCCACAUGCCGGUCCACCCAAGCUCGCCGGUGCCCCACGCCUCUCAGGCUGCGCAAGCCUCGCAUGGUGGUCAGGGCCACCAGGUCCACCAGCAGCAUCGCCAACAUCAUGCCGGCGUCGUCAUGCCUGCUGCUCCCUCUCCCGCCCAGCUCCAGGCGCACAAUCAGGCGCGCGAGGCUGAGCGCAUGAAGCAGGCCCGAGCUCAAGCCCAGGCCCAAGCCCAUGCCCAAGCCCAAGCCCAAGCCGAGGCUCAGGCCCAAGCCAAAGCCCACGCCCUCGCCCACUCGCGGGCCCAGACUCAUGCUCAGGGCCAGGGCCAGGGCCAGAGCCAGCAGCCGGUGCCGCCCGCCGCGGCGCCACGAGCUCAGUCGCCGGCGCCGUCGGCUGCGGACAUGCAGGCAGUGUACAAGUCGCUCUCGUCACAGGCCCAGAAGCAGAUCUCGCUCAUGGACGAGGAGCUGCAGUUCAAGGCCCUGUAUCUGUUCUUUAUCCAGAAGAAGCACCACAUCCUCACCGUUCGCCUCCAGCGGCUCAGGGAGGAGCUUGAGGAGCUCAAGUCACGCCCAGAGCUCUCGGCAUCCGAGCUGGAGAUCUUCCAGUCCAAGUUUGCGGCCCUCAACCAGGGCAUCGCAACCGUCUCGCGCUACAUCAGCACUGAAGAGUCGCUCAUCGCCUAUAUCAAGGGCAAGGAGAGCGAGAAGGCUGGCAAGCCAGUCGGCGCCGCCCCGGCACCUGGUGCCACCCACUCUGUGGCCCAGACUCAGGCCCACGCCCAGACUCAGGCCCGCGCCCAGACUCAGGCCCACGCCCAGGCUCAGGCCCACGCCCACGCCCAGGCCCAGGCCCAGGCUCGCGCUCACGCAGAAGCUCAGGCCCGCGCCCAGGCCGAUGCCCAGGCCCGUGCCCAGGCUCAGGCUCAGGCUCAGGCUCGCGCAGAAGCACAGGCACAAGCCCGUGCUCGCGCAGAAGCUCAGGCUCGCGCCCAGGCUGGAGCCCAGUCGCAACAGACUGCUCCUGCGCCAGCUAACGUGCCACAGCAGCGACCUGCCGUGCCGCCUCAAGUCCUCGAGAUGUACGCUGCUGCCAGGCGGCAAUUUGAGGCUAAUCCCGUCCCGCCGCCUGAUGGCAGCCGCAUCAACGCCCAGACGGUCACCGCCGUUCAGCUCAUCGCCGUUCUCCGGCAGCGGUUCCUCUCGCAGCUGCGCAAGGCCCGCGACGCUGGUAAGUCUGACAACGACCUGCGCGCUCUCCAGCAGCAGUACCUCGCCCACGAGGUGCAGCAUUUCCAUCGCAUGCUCGCCAUCGUCCACAAGAAGCGCAUAGAGCUCAGCCAACGCAGCUCGGCCACCUCGUCACACCCGAGCUGA